AUGCGUGUCUGUGGAAUCUAUUUUAUUACGCCCGGCUAUCCUGAUACGCCUCUCCCAAUUCUUGCUUCCCGCCUGCGUACCGAAGUCGUCGACCUCACUGCCAACCACACACUCACUCAAAUCUUUUAUAAUCCUUACCCACCAAACUCUACCAACGAAGCUCCCGCCAAUGCCAAGGAGGCCAAAUAUACCUUUCCUCUUUAUGAAUCAUCUGCUAUUCGGUUCUUUUCAGCCGAAAUAGGUUCAAAAUUCAUAAACGGGGUCAUCAAGCCAAAGCAGGAGGCCAAAGCCGAAUAUAAUGCUGCCAAAGCUGCAGGGAAGCAGGCGGCCUUAUUAGAGCAGAAUACCGGCGAGGUUUUUACCACCAGUGUAGGGAAUAUACGCCCGGGGGAAUUUGUGUCCGUGGUGAUCAAGUAUGUCCAUGAGUUGAAACAGGAUAUCGAGGUCGAGGGUGUGAGGUUGGUGGUUCCUACUAUUAUUUCGCCAAAAUACGGACAUGCGGAUUUUACGAAUUUUGGAGUGGGCUGGGAUAACGGGUGGAAUAACAUGAGCACCAAACUUGAAAAAAUUGCUGAGGGAAGACUCGAGACUAAAGGCCUUGCGAUUGAAGUCAUGGCGACCAUGAAUGGUUCGAUUCGGGGUGUCCAGAGUCCAAGUCACCCUAUUGCUAUCAACAUCGGUUCUCACGAUGCGUCUGGCCAGGGAGAAUUCAACCCGCAGAUGGCUCGGGCAGUGCUAGCAAUUCCAACUGCAUCAACCACGGGUCUCGAGAAGGAUUUCACUCUCAUCAUUAGCUCUACUGACAUUUCCAUGCCCCGAGCUUUCAUCGCACCUCACCCUGAUAUACCUUCAAAGUCAACCCUCCUGGUCACAUUGGUUCCCCGUUUCGAGCUCCCUCAGCAGCGGCCAGAGGUUGUCUUUGUAGUUGAUCGUUCGGGUAGCAUGACCGAUAAGAUAGCUACUGUCCGCUCUGCGCUCCACCUGUUCCUGGCCUCUUUGCCAGUAGGCGUGCAUUUUAAUAUCAUUUCCUUUGGAUCUAGACACUCAAGCCUCUGGCCCAAAUCCAAACUCUAUAGCGCUGAAUCUUUCGAAGCUGCUAAGAGGCAUGUCGAUGGCAUGGAUGCGAACAUGGGCGGGACAGAAAUGCUUGCCCCUUGUAGUCAAGCUGUGUCAAGUCGACUGAAAGGCAUGAAUCUAGAGGUCCUUGUAUUAACUGAUGGAGAUAUAUGGGGGGCAGAAGUGUUGUUCGACUUUAUCAAUAAAAGCACUUCUACUGGCGACGCGAGGUUUUUUUCACUGGGUAUUGGUAGAAGCGUAAGUCACCUACUCGUCGAAGGAAUUGGCAGGGCUGGAAAAGGAUAUUCGCAAAUUGUCGGUGCAGGGGAUAAUAUGCAGAAGAAAAUCAUGCGUAUGCUCAAAUCUGCGCUCACUCCACACGUCAAUGAUUGGAGAAUCGACUGGGAGGGAAAAGAAGCCAUCAUGUCCUCCUUCUCACAGGAAAACACAGCAGAGCCCACCACCCAUGCCCCAAUAUCCCUUUAUGACACUUCCAGCAAUCCCGAUGAGGCAAAACCGACAGAAUCCUCUCUCCCUGCACGCCCACCAAUUCUUCAAGCACCAUCAAUCAUCCCAUCUCUUUAUUCCUUCACGCGAACAAGUGUCUACUUCCUCUUGACAGAGUGCACGGCCCCGAAGGUUAUUCGCCUCCUCGGCACAGCACAUGAUCCCAAUACAAACUCUAUUCACCCCCUCGCACUCAACAUCCCUGUUGCCACUAUUACCUCAUCCUCAUCAGCCCUCGGUCUUUACUCGCUCCUGGGGCGCAAACUUUUACAGGAUCUCGAAGAAGACCGCUGCGGAUAUCUACCUGCCCACUCUCCGCACAAAGACGCCGAGGGCACAGAUCUGGGGGUUACGUUUGGGCUGGCGUCAAAAUGGACGAGUUUUGUGGCUGUUGCGACUGAUGAUGGGGACGACGAAAUGGAUAUUGAACCUAAUCUAUAA